AUGUAUUAAACAAUAGAUUUUCUAAAGCAAGCCUAUACUUCUUUGAAAAGCUCUAUUAAAUGGUAAACCUAGCUAGAUGAAUUUGAUAUCAUCUUCUUAGGAGUCUUGAUUACAUUGAUUUUGCAUUUAAUACUAAAUCGCAUCAGAAUACCUAGGAGAGACUACAAUUAAAGUAAAUUAUCAUUUUAAAUUGAGGCUAUUGGACAUUUAUUAAAUCAUAAGUAUUUCUAGCGUUAAUAAAUUAUUGUCCUGGAGUAUAAUCAUUUUUGGAAAAAAAGAAAGAAGAAGCACUCAAAUCUUUUUCACACUCUCUUGAUAAAUACACCACCAAUAAAACAUUUAAAAUACCAGAAAAUGGUAUGGGUUAUGAUAAAAUAAAUGAAAGAUUGAAAAGUUGGAUUGACCGUGAUAGUAAGAAUUAUUACAGUGGUAAAGUAUCUGGCUCACUUUAUGUUCAUAAUGAUCAAUAAUUUAUUGAAGAUUGUUAGGAAUUUACUAAGAAUUUCCUUUAUUCCAAUCCUAUGCAUGCUGAUUUAUGGCCAGCUUCAAGAUAAUUAGAAGCUGAGGUCAUAAAGAUGACAGGAGAAUUAUUUGGAUAAGAAAAAGAGGCUAUUGGAAUGUUGACUACAGGUGGCACUGAAUCAAUAUUGUUAGCUAUUCUUGCCUAUCGAAAUUGGGCAGAAGCAGAAAAAGGCAUUACUUAACCCAAUAUGUAAUUUUAAUAGUUAUUUAAGUGUGAUUCCAGAAACAGCACAUGCAGCAUUUUAUAAGGCAGGAGAAUACUUUAAGAUUUAAGUGAGAACAGCUAAAGUUAAUUAAAAAACAUUUACUGUUGAUCUAAAGGAUCUUAAAAGUCAUAUCAAUUCAAAUACAAUUUGUAUUGUUGGAUCAUUACCAAACUUUCCAUAUGGAACAUAAGAUCCAAUUGAAGAAUUAGCAGCUAUUGCUAAAAAGAAGAAGAUAGGUUUUCAUGUUGAUGCUUGUUUGGGUGGAUUCAUUGUGGCAUUUGCUAAAGAAAAGGGAAUGAAUUAUGGAAAUUAUGAUUUCACUUUAGAUGGUGUAACAAGUAUAUCUUGUGAUCAACAUAAACAUGGAUUAGCCCCUAAAGGUGUUUCAACAAUUUUAUUUAAAACUCGUUAAUUGAGACAAUAUGCAUUCUUUUCUACAGCCACUUGGUCAGGAGGUGCUUAUGCAGUACCAACUACUUAAGGUUCAAAAACAGGAGUUGGAGCAGCAGGAGCUUGGUUUACUAUGUUAGCAAUAGGUAGAAAGAGAUAUAUUGAAUUAAGCAAAUCAAUUAUAAAUGCUACAAUUUAAUUGGCUAAAUAAAUCAAUGAAAUACCAGAAUUAGAAGUUUGUGGUGAACCAAAGAUAAAUUGUGUUUGUUUUAAAAGCAAAGGAAAUAUUAAUGUUUAUUCAAUCCAUCAAAUCCUUACUUCAAAAGGAUGGAAUCUUAAUACAACUCAAAAUCCAAAUGGAAUACAUAUUAGUGUUACACAAUAAAAUAUUCAAAAUUUAAAAGUUUUUGUUUAAGAAAUUAAAGAGGCUAUUAAAGAAGUAAAUUAAUUAUUAAUUUAAUAGAUCAAAACUAAUCCAUCCAAAUAUAAAAGUGGAGGUGAUAUGGGUGCAUUGUAUGGUACUACAUAAAAAAUACCUGAUUCUAAAUUUGCAGGAAAUGCCCUUAAAUUGUAUUUGGACUCCGUACUCAAAUUAUGAG